AUGAUAGAUUCGUCAUCCUCAUUUAUCGUAUCAUCAAUUCCUCUCCUCCACAAUGCGGUGAAAUCCGUCAUUUUCAAAGUGUCCGAGCUUCUCAUGGCCUUCUUCGCAUUGAAAUUCCUUUCCCUCGUUGCAGCACGGUCGAGCCAAUUCACAUCGUACCUGAUGUUCAGCGAAGACUACAUACAACGCUGGUUCUUCUUUUCGUCAAGAGGCCUCUCAAGAGCCGGCGUUAUUGUCCUGCUCUUCAGUAUCCUUCACGCGCUUGCGUCUCUGUAUGGGACACUACUCUGGGCGUUGGAUUCACCAGGAUAUAUCUUCAAGAAGACUAACGCCACAGUCGCCGAGUACGGGAAUUUGCGCAAAACUGAUCCUCCUUAUAUUGUUCAACUACACCUGGGCCGCGGUAAUCUGAAAAGUACUGAGGAAUCGCUCGCACAGAUUGUGGGAUCCGAACUAUUCAAGCCAGGUCUCAACUAUACAUUGACUGGCGACGUUCAGAGGGGCGCUCCUGAAACCGUAGCACCGACAAGGCAACAUGAAGUCGGGGCUAGAAUCUGGCUCGACAGCGAUGGCUUCUCAGUUUCGGCAGACAGUGCAGCGAUGAUACCCAACGUGUGGGCUGGCGGUCCGGAAUUCCCUCUCUGCAUUUACUACCGUGAACGCUCCAUGGCCUGGAACUGCACCUUCAACAACACGUUCUCGCUGGCGAUGGUGCAAAGAGUCAUCGGAAAGCCAGAGGUACAUUGGGAUGACAAAUCGGACCUGAAGUUAGAUUCGAGAUACGUUAAACCAAAUAGAGUCGACAAUAUUUGGGCUUCUUUCGGCGCCGGUGGUGGUUCUGCAACAAUGACGCAAGUUUUUACGGUAACCAAGGGGAAGCGGCGCCAUACCUUUGUAGAGUCCGUACUCCGGGCCACUAUGCUGACGAAGAUGGGGGCUCCAUUCGCCGUGCAAGAAGUUAAAGAUCUCGUACGACGAACCGCGAGCACAAACGAGACGGAAAGGAACAAUCCUGUUCUUGGCAGGAUCGUGGGAGAUAUUAUGAGUGCGCAGGCACAAAACCUGAGCUAUCAAUUCGGAUUCAACAGUGUCGACAAUGGAAACCUCACUGUGUUUCAGUCAAAUUGGGCUUACUUCACCGCUGCAAACUUCAAUAGCGGGGAAGAUUUGUACUCCCUCAUCAGCCUCACUUCGACGAACAUUACUCUGAUAAGAUCCGAAACCAUGGACAGCCCGCCAACACCUUUUGAAGGCUGCGACAAUGGAUGGUUCCAGAAUGAGGCGUUUGGGGGCCGGGUCACCCAGACUGAUUGUGCUGCGCCAAAGCUCGAUACCAACAGUACAGGCUUUCUUGGGCAAGUGGACACUGCUGCAGUUCUGAUAACAUACGGCCUUGGCAGUGGUCGCUCUAAUGUAAGCUCUGAGUCCCUCGACGACACAAUCAUGUCUUGGAUCUGGAACACGUCCGCAACGAUCGAAGGCCUACUUGUCGCGAGAGGUUAUGCCGUCAGUGUCGACCCUACCCUUGUCUCAAUUACCGUCGAUAAGUUGAUCGUCGCCAUGUCCGGCCUGCAGCUUUUGCUGAGCAUACUCUCAGUGGUCUUGGCGGGAGCUGCAUGGGUUUUGCUGGGCACCUUCGCGCCUGCGCCGUGGUCCAACACGUUCUUAUCGAGCCUGUUGCAUAGCAUUUCAGAACAAAGCGGUGUGAAGUCAAAGGCCGGGUACAUGGUCAAUCCUCCAAGUGUCGAACUGUCAACGGGGGCGCACGGGGGGGUUAUUACUGUCUCUGGAAAUGCAAUUGUCCUUCAGGGCUCCGACGUGGUUCCCAUGGAUCCUCGCUGUAUAGGAGCCCAAGAUGAGCACAGCCAGAUGCAGAGUUCGGAUGUCUAG